CGUUAGUCAUUUUUCCAAAACAUUUUUCAGUGAACAGUGAACGUUGUUCAACUAAAAUCAUGGCACAAAGCUACGAAUUUGGUGAGGAGGAGAUUAGAAGAAAGCUAGAAGAACUUGGAUAUUCAAACAUACCUGAUGAUAAGCUCAAAGAGUUUCAAAGAGGUUUGUUAUAGCUUUGUAGAGUUUGGAAGUUGCAAGAAGCAUAUUUGAUCGCGAGCUUAGUAAUCAAUCGAUCAUGCAUCUUUGUUUUUUGUUUUACUUUUAGAUGUAUGAACGUUCAGAGCUCCUUUCUUUCAUAAAUGCACUAGGAGUAACUGAAGAAUACCCUGCCACUUUGAGGCUGUAUCCCUGCAUUAUCUUGUCUGUAUCUCGAGCUAGAGGACAAACAGUAAAGCCUGGUUUCCAUAUGAUCGUCCGGAUCGUCCCAGUCGUCUCAAAUAAUGUUCAGACGAUUGAGACGAUCAUAUGGAAAAGCUACUUAGACGAUCGCAAACGACCCGGACGACCUUGAGUUGAGAUCAGGACAAUUGGGACAAUCGUGUAAAUUUUGAAGCGAUCAAAUUGAAAUGCUCUCAGACAACUGAAACGAUCGGGAUGAUCGAAGGCUAUCCUAGAAAUCAUCACUUUUAAUCCAGUAGUCAAGAAUGCAUUUGGCCUGGACUCCGUUGGAGUCGAAAAAAUAAUACAAAAAUGUGUGCACUACGUAUGGGCACUAUUUGAAACUAAAGAAAGUUCAUGACAUCACGUUCUCACUGUGAUACUAUGUCUUUGUGGAACUCUUCUAGCUUCUUGACGCUGCAAAAUCGAGAGGAAAAGCAGAUAGCAGGGCAAAAUCCUUUGUUACGUUUGGCUUGUUUGCAAAACACGCGCAAAAAUUCUAUUGUCUCACCCAGAGAUAUCGCUGAUGACCCCGCGUCUCUUUUCUUUGAGGCUGUCGAGACGAUUAUGUGGAAACUACCAGUCGCCCAGAUCAUCUUAAAAUUUUUUUUAAUGACUGGGGCGAUCGGGACAAUCAUAUGGUGACCAGGCUUUAACUUAACUUGCUUGAGUUGCAUGUUUUUAGACAAGAAACCCUUGCUUAAAAUUUGACUUAAUCCUAGCUUAAACUUUUUUCAAGGAACCAGGGCCGGGUUGCUCAAAGCUGGGUUAAGAUAACCCAGGGUUAGAGUGAAAUUUGAAUUCAGAUAUGAAAGCUUAAAAAGUAAAUUCAGUUUAAUUCUUUUUGUCAAUGAGUUGAUGUUUGGAUGCUCCUAAAAAUAACAGAGAAAAUUAUCCAGUGAGAAAAAUGCUUUUGAACAAAAGAAAAGAAAACUGGGGUUUUAACCCUUGGUUAAGCGUUAAUCGGCCUUCGAACAUCUGGGCCCAGGCCUAAAACUUAGCCUGACAGUUUGACUCUAUUUUUGUUGUUUUGCUGAAAGAAGUAUUCUCUCAACCAAACAUUUUGACACUCUCGAUCUAGUUUAAAUAUUUACAAUUAUAUUGCACCUGGUUAUUUUUGCCUUGUAGACCUUAAGCAUCUUAUUGAAGCUGAAAGAGCAAAAUCAAGAGGAAGGGGGCAUUUUAACUCUUCCACUAGUGACAGCUAUUACACUGAUAGUUACUUAGAUGGGAGCAGAGAUGAAAUUUCGUCAUCUUCAACAAGUGGUAUGCAAAUAUAUAUUUACCUGUCACAACUCAACCUUAGUUGGGAUGCGGGUUGGUAAAGCCCCUUAGAACAUGGGCCAUGGGAUGAGUCGAUUCUCGUUCUCAGAGCUGCGAUCCUUUUGGUUAGCUCCGCUAAUAUAAUGCACGAUAUCAGUAACAACAAUUCGCCACCAAAUCUCCCAAAUUUAUUUGAAAAACCUUGUCAAUUCAUUUGUAAAAUUAUUCAUGAUCAUCCAAGGCUAUGCUCUAUGGACAAUUGAAGGGAGCCCAGUGCUAUAAACUUGUAAAAUCUAGGGUGCCCUCCAUAUGAUUUGUAUUAAAAAACUAAGAAGUCUAAGAAGUCUAGUCACCCAAGAACAAAAGUUGGGUGCCAGGGGCCACCGGGCUCUGCUAGUCUUAGAGUACAGCCCUGUCAUCUACUUCAAAGCUGGAAAAACACAAAACUCCCUCUCUUGUUUUGUCGUAAAACUUUGGAAUGAGAUACCCUGUCAUAUUAGGGAUCUUCCUAAAAAGGAAUUUACAAAUGUAAAUCAGGGAUUUGCUCUCCGAUAUUUUAAUAGAGAAAAUGACUAUUUUAAGAUGCCAUUGAUAAUUUGAAAGUUGGAUUAACAGUUAUUAAUAAUUUGUAUGUAUAAAAUAGCAUGCCUUCCAACUCUCUUUCAAUUCCUUUUUGUUUUCUAAUUUCCUUAAAUAGAUGUGGGGAUUGCACGGCAGUCUAUUGUAAACCAUUUUUAAUAAAUAAGGUUGAAGUUGGGAACGAGAAUGGUUGGAAUGGGGUGAGUCUUGGUUGCUCGCUUGUGGGGGCAAGGUUAUUUUGUGAUCGAGGUUAGAGAUCUAACUUAAAGCUUUUUUUCAUCUGCAAGCAAACCUCUUGUUUAAAAAGUUUUUGAUCAAUCGCACUUGCAUUUUAACUGAACUACUCCCAUCUUAGCCCAAAAUGUUAGACAUCUUUCCACCCUUGUCUUAAGCCCUAAACAGUUGUUGUUUCAGUUGCAAAGGGAUCUUUAACACGAUAAUAAAGAAUGUUUAUUUUUGUGUUUUCUCAUUUAGCUUUAGACAGCAUCAAAGAGAGACAUUCUGUGCCUGAUAGAUACCGAUAUCCUCUUGAGGAUACUGUGUUUCCAAGACCAAAAUCAGUUGCCCAUGUGACAAAGGUAAGAACCAGUAAUAGCGUCAAACCUGUACAGUGGAACCCCACCUUAUGGCCACCUCGGUAAUAUGUGGUCACCUCGUUUUUACAGCCAAUUUUUUGUCCCAGCAAAAUGCCCAUACAUUUCCUUAUAAAAAAUGUGGUCACCCAUCAAUACGACCAAUGGCCACAUUUUAAAAUCCCAAAUGGUAGAAUCACUUAUAAUUUCACCCUGUUAAUAUGGCCAAUCGUUCGAAAUUUAGAAAAUUGAAAUGCCUGUGACUUGUCAAUUUUCUUGACCAAGUAAUAUGAGCUUAUUUUUGUACUGUUUUUGGACUACAGUACACGUAAAAUGCACUGGUGGCGAUUUAUAGCCAAAUUUUAAGAGUUUCAUGUACUGAAGGAAAAAUUUUGAAGUAGUUUUUUCAAUUACUUUACGUGGUAUGUACUUUCCAGUUGUUUAUUAAUGAGAACAGUAAGUUGUUCAAAAAAUGCAAAUGCGAUGUAUGCUCUAUUUGUCAUUAUGGCCCUAAAGUCAUGAAAUUUGAACCUGCCCGAUAAUAUCAGGGUUCUCAAUAGAAGGCACCACCGUUGAUCACCGCUUUGGGAUUUAUAGUUUUUGUUUAAGUCCCUUUGCUUUGUUUUGACACCUCUGGCUUUGCUGAAGAGCCUCCUACUUUAUCAGUGAUCACCUCCUACUUAAAAAUCUAUUGAGAACCCUGUAAUAUGGCCACAUCGUUAACACGGCUAGUUUUUUUUUACCCAUUGGUGACCGUAUUAAUGGGGUUCUACUGUAUAGAGUGUUUUCACAUCAUCAUGGUGGCCAUAUUGGUGUCCCAAAACAAUGAAGCAGCGGCCAUGUUGGUGUCCCAAACCAAUCAUGUGGGAGUUGAACUCUGUUGUUAUGCAAACACUUUCUUUUGUUCCAAUAAAUUUGCAUAGAUGCUGGCCACGUGAGCGAAAACACUCUAUUAAUGGGCUUGCUUUAAGCAGUCACUCUCUCAGCAGUUGUGGUGACCUUUUUCUGUGGUCCCAAUAAGUUACCGUAAAAUUCCGAAAAUAAGCCCCGGGGCUUAUAUUUUUCAAAGGCCCUUUUUGAGGGGCUUAUUUUUAAAGGGGCUUAUCUAUAGCGAAAUUUGAGUUUGAAAAUCGAUUGGGCUAGCGUUAUAGUUGGAAGGAAAUUUACCAUUUUUGCUUUGCUUUACUUUGUAUUCGAGGGCAAAUUCCAAGUACAAGUCCCCCGGGGGGGCUUAUAUUUGGGGGGGCGAUUUAACGGAGGGUUUUUUGCGUUGUGAUUUUGGGGGGCUUAUAGGGGCUUAUACAUGGAGGGGCUUAUUUUCAGAAUUUUACAGUAUGUUUUAUUGUCUUCACCUCUAAGACUAAUGGUCAUCAGUAUGUUUCUUGUCGUACUUUAGGUCAGCUAUGAUGGUAGGCAAUUGCAUGCCAUUGGUAUUGUUGAUGAUAAGUUGCCACGUCAUUAUAAGGUCAAAACCUUGUCACCAAACUUCUGGCCCUCCUAAUUAUUGAUUAUCGUUGUAAGUUCUAACCAAAAUGCUAAAAACAUAAAAGUGAUUGCAAGGUAGUACUGCACGUAUUUACAACAGUCAUUAAAAUUAUUUUAUUUAUAUAAACAACCCCUUGCAUGCUGUUCAAUUGAACCCAUUAAAUAAACAUUUACUGUUCACAAACUUAUCUCUGUGAUAAGAUUGAAUUAUCUUACACACAAAAGACAUAUAACAUUAUGACAGAAAGUUAACGUUUUCGUUAAGAAUUCAAGUAGCAGGAGAAAAGUGUAACAUUACAGAAGAAUAUUUUGAAAGAGGCUCUACAUUGGAAUAAUAGGCUACUGAACAUUAGUGGAAGAAUUCUGUGUAGUAAACGGGUAAUUCUCUGAUCUCUAAUUUCUAAUAAAUACCCUGAAAAAGGUACAUUUAAGUAAUUCUCCUUCUGUACAAAAAUUAGGCAAGUCAUGAGGCUUUUGGUAAAGAGAAUGCAUCACGUUAUUACCCAGUGAAUGGUCCUUCAGUCAGAGCAGAAUCAACCUCCACUGUGGGGAGUUCGCCUAAUGAGCAAUCAGGGCUAAGCAGUAGAAAUGUAAAGAGGAAAGUGUUGAGAAGAAGAAAUGGGGAAUCAAGAGUGUUUGAUGAGUCAUUUGCUAGCACUGAUUCUGGUAAGUUCAAUUCUACUGAAGUGGAAUUGGCUGCAGUGUCUUUCCUAACUUUUUUUACUGCACAUAUAUGUGCUGUGGGAACAAAUUCCAGGUGUACAAACAUAACAAAUGAAAAGAGCUGUGGGACCAUUCAGCAUAAUAUAGAGUUUUUGUCAUUAAAAUACUGUACAAUAGAUAAUUAAAUAAUAAAAAAUUGGCCUUGUGUUAACCCUUGUUACCGAUACCAUCUGGGCUACAAUACAAAAUAACAUGUUACAUGUUUUUUUGAAGUUAUCCGCUGACGAGUUACUAGUUUUCAACUGAUCCUAGGCUCAACUCCAAAAAGAUUUCUUUGCGAUGAUUACAAGUUUAUUGUUUGUAGUAAAUUAUAAUUUAUUAACAGGAUCUUCGCUUUUAGCCUUGGGUAAAUCUUUUUGUUAUUUUUAGUCACAGACAUAUCUGAAUUAGAACAGAGAAUACGGGACCUUCCACUCCAUAGUGACAAGGCUGAUGAUGAAGAUAUCAUCAGUGUAGCAAGUGAAGGAUCUAGUGAGCCAAGUGAUUACAGACCAUGGGAAAAUCAUGCUGACAGAGCUUUAUUACCUUCAUGUAAGUUUAUCAAUAAACUGUACUGGUACAUCACCAACAAGACUAGUUAUUGGUUUAAUUUGUUACAGACACUCAAAACCGGAAAACUUGGAAGACGACUGUCCAAUCACAAUGUUUUCUGGAAACAAAAGAUUCUCAAGUUUUUUUUGCAAACAGACCAAUAAAAAUAAUUCAUAAAUUUGAGGGCUGUUUCCUGAGAGGUCGGGUAAGGUCAAAUGGUUAUAAAGUUUUCAAUGGUUGCAUAGUUGAAGACUUGAAUUUUAUUGGUCCAUUUCCAAAAAAACUUGAGUAUCUUUUGUCUUCAGAAAAUGUUGUGAUUGGACAAUCUUCUUCCACCUUUCCAGUAAGAGUAAAACUUUUCCUAUCCACAUGUCCUUCAGACAAGCACUAUAAUAAAUUUGGUUGUCCAAAACCAAGAUUUCUUGUCAAAAAAAGUUUAGCUUGAAACUCAAAACUCAAAAACAAUCGGGCAUUUAAUGUUUUUAAUCACAUUAUUACCCUUGUAAUAUCAUAGGUGACGAAUUACUCCUUAAUUUUGGCGUGAAGUUAAUUUGUAAUUUCACAUGUGAAAUUACAAAAUUGCCAUAGCAACCUUCCGUACGUCUCAGUGUCAAGAUGGCGAGGAAGUUUUAAAAUGCCGUGAAUAAAGAUGUCAGGGCACAAAAAGACACUUUAGAAAACCUGAACACACAAGAGAGCAUCAAGAAGGAUUUUCAGGCAUUUUGCCGAAAAAUUCUGAAAAAUUCUGAACUUUAUAAGCCAAAUUUAAGGUCUAAACAUUUGAGAGAGUGGAGUUCUCGAUCGAUACGAUCCAGGAUAAACAUCUCAAAAAUCCAAGAUUGCUAACGUAAUUCGUCACUCCUGAUAUUAAUAGGUAAUCAAAUGGUAUACUCGUGAAAUUAGGGAAUAAUUUCACUUGCGUUUUGUCCAAAUCCUAAAGGAAAUUAACCUUAUUUUUGUCAAGUAUAAGGUUUGCUUUAAUUUAUGACUUUUAAGAUGAAUUUUAAUUCUACUGUAAUUUGAAGGCAACUUUCUAAUUACAAAUGUAAAAACGUGCUUGCCUCACGGAAAAGUCAUGUCAAAGGCAAAUGUCCGAACUAAAUUUCUAACUGUCCAGGACAAUCGGACAUAGGUUUUGGCGCACCUUGGUGUCCACACUGUAAUACUGUAAUAGGCAAUGUACACUGUUUUGUGGUGAUGUUUGUUUUUGUUUUGUAUGUAAAUAUUUUUCAAGCAUAGCCUAUUAAAAGUAUCCAUUUGUUGAAGUAACUGGAAGAACCUUCACAAGGAAGGCAAAGCUGUCAUUAAGGGCUGUAACAUGUAACACCUGUUGUGGCUGAUCUCACUUGAUGUUACAGGUGAUCACAGAGGAAAGCUAGAGAUUACACUGUAAAUUUUUUGUGAGAUGUUACAGGUGAAUCUUCGCUUGCCAGGGCUCCUUCAAAACUUUAUGACAGCCUCUGGAGGACUCUGAAUUUGUUUAAUGAAUGGUGAUAGUUGUCUUGCUCAACCGUAAGGAAUUUUGUGUAUUUGUUUUAUUGGUUUAUAACCCAUUACUUUUCUUUGUAGUUAUAAGGCCUGUCGUUGGUCCUCCUCUCUCGAGAAAGAAGACUGAUCCAGUGUCAAGGUUUGAAAUAUUUACCUUGGAUAUUAAUAAUUUCUACCAAACCUUUCAUUUCCUUAAAAAUAUAAACAUGUUCAUGUUGUUAUUGUACAUAUAUUUCAUUAUCAGGUAUCACCAGUUUAAGGAUGAAUGGAAAGCGAAAAAAGCACCUGGAGAAAAAAGCCACAAAAAUCUUCGCUGGAAUGUCCGGGUAAUGAGUGAUUAUGUUACUAUUUUCAUUAUUCCAGAUCAGUCUUACGGAAUCAUUCAGAUUCUUUAAGAUUAGGGAAAUUAUCCAGUGCAGCCAAAUGUGUCUGAGUUCUUGGAACUAAUAUUAAUGUCAUCUUUUGUUCUUUUUCCAAAAGGGAAAAAUGUUGCAGUGUGAUGUGUUUGAGGUAAGUGAAAAUAAAGGCUUCGUUUUUAUAAUAAUAGUAUUAGUACAGGUAAUAGCAUGAUUUUUAGUCAUAUUUGGCAUAUUAAACACCACGAGUGAUAUUUUGAAAUUAUUAUACGUAAUUUCAUGGGCCGUUAGGCGAGUGAAAUUUGAGACAAUCUUGAAAUAUCAUGAGUGGUAUUUAUGUCAGAAAUCAUGGACAAAUCAUACUAUUAUUUGUUUAUACUACUACACCCAAAGGUUUUUCAAAGGUUUUUCACAUGUAGGUAUUUCAAAUUGAGUUGAAAUACCACUGCUCUAACCCAAUCAAAUUGCAGAAAUUUCUCAUGUAGUAGUAUAAAAUCAAUAACAUUAAUAUAAGUAGUAUUUAUAACAGUAAAGGGGUGCAAUGAGUAAGGCCUCAAGUGACUCCUGAUUUAAUAUCGAAUUCUCCCUUUGAUUAAAAAGCAAAUACAAGCCAAACUAGAAGGAGAAUUAACAUUGUAUUAAUAGUAAGUGGAAGGAGUUACAAUUUCGACUUUUACUUUUGUGGUUGUCUGCAGAUUACAGUUUGAUGUUGGUUUAGCGUAGCUCAAGAGUCUCGUAUGCGUGAAGCGCGAGCUCUCCAUUUUCAGCCUCGCUCCAGACCUUUUGUGUGACUGCUCAUGUGUGACUUGAAUACGCAUGAAAUGCAGACUGUUUUGCAGUCUAAGUUUGAUGGUUUAUUUUAUAAUUAUUUCUAACCACCUUCAUGGUGUUUAAUUAUCUUUCCUUUUUAGAAACCUCAACGAAAUUAUGUCCCCAACAACUAUGUAGUUCCUACAGAAAAGAAACGGCAAGCUUUGCGGUGGGAAGUGAGAUCCAACUUAGCACGAGUGUGACAAGCAAUAUUUCAGGACACAAGCCUUAAUUAUUUAUAAAAUUCAUCACUUUUUGUGCACACAACACACUAGGUGGC